UCCAAUGGGUGAUUGCCAUAUCAGCAAGUGAAAAUCUUGAUGUAUCCAUCAAACUCUCAAACUAAAAUAUCACAAACAAAACAUUUCCACAAAAAAGCCCCAAAACACAUAUUGCCAGAAAACUUUGAUUUCGUUAGUCGAAUCAAUUCCAGGGCCAGAGCUUUCAAGAACGGAACAUGGCAGCCACCAUGAGGACUUCUUCUCUUCCACAGUACAAUGGCCUCAGAGCAAUUGCUUCUCCAGCUUUCCCAAUGGCUGCCAGACAACCAAUGAAGCGCAAGGGACAAGGAGCAUUGGGAGUUCGUUGCGAAUUCAUCGGCUCGCCCACUAAUUUGAUAAUGGUUACAUCGACAAGCCUAAUGCUAUUUGCUGGGAGAUUUGGGUUGGCUCCGUCAGCAAACCGCAGGGCUACUGCCGGUUUGAAGCUGGAGAGAUGGGACUCCGGGCUCCAAACCGGGGACCCAGCCGGGUUCACCCUUGCUGAUACCUUGGCAUGUGGCUCUCUUGGUCACAUCAUUGGGGUUGGCGUUGUGCUUGGCCUCAAGAACAUAGGGGCCAUAUGAGAUAUAAAUUUCCCACCUCCAUCUGUUCUGUAUAUUUUUAACUGUUAAUCAUGGAAGGAUCAUUAUGUAUCUCUUAACUAUGUGUAUGUAUUUCAGUUUAUUGCUAUUCACAUUUUCUCACCAUUCAUCUCACUCGUUAACAAUACGAGGUAUGGAUCAUGUCUUUAGUUUUUGCACAAAAUCAGCACCGCUACAACAUGCAUCUCAUAUUUUCAUUUACACAAUUACACAUUGGAUGAACAUUAAAG